AUGAAGAUCCUCCUCGUGAUGCUCCUGGCGCUGGUGGCCACAGCCUCGAGGAACGUCCUGUGGGUGAUCGAGGGGACCUCCUGCGACCUGCCCUGGCAGGCUGCCCUCUUCAAAGGGGACAAGUUCAUCUGCGGGGGGACAUUGGUGGCCAGGAACUGGGUGCUGACGGCCGCCCACUGCUACAACCCAGGCUUCAUCAGCGUGCGGUUGGGCGGCCGGAAGCACAAGGACUCGGGUGGCAUCGAGCAACGCCGGCGCUCGGCCAAGGUCUUCAGGUACCCGCGGUACAACGCCACCACCAAGGACGGUGACCUGAUGCUCAUCAAGCUCCUCCUGCCCGUUCACGUCAACAAGCAGGUCAAGCCCUUGCCAUUGGCUUCCCAAUGCCCCGUGCCCGGCAAGAUCUGCCAGAUCUCAGGUUGGGGAUCCACCACCAGCCCCGAAG